CAGCAGCUGGCGACGGAACGCGAACGGGAGGAGGCGCGCCGCGAGGGCGAGCGGCGCCGCCUCCAGAUGGAGACACUCACCGCCGAGCGUGAACAGCUGGAGAAGGCGCGCGCAGCUCUCAACGAUCAGAUCGAGAGCCUGAACAAGGAGGCGGACAGGAUGCAGGCCAGCAUCCAGGAGAUGCAGAAGCAGAAGGACGGACUGCAGGACGAUAAGCACUACCUCAGCGCCGAGAUGGACAGGCUCAAAACCGCGCUCGACGAAUGCAAAACGGUGCUAGACGACAAGGACUCUAAGGCCGGCACCCUGAAGGAGACGGUCGUUUCCCUGAAGGAGGCCAUCAACAAGGCCAAGCUGGACAACGACGUGCUGUUCAGAGAGAAGGCUGACAUCGAGGACCAGUUGCGGAAGUGCGAAUUCAAGAAAGGUGACCUUGAGACCCAGGCAACUCGUCUGCGCGCGGACGAGGCCGGCCUGCGCGACGCCCUGGUGAAGAUCCAGAACCUGAACGAGGGUCUGGGCGCCGACAAGCUGGAUCUCAACAAGAUGGUGCAGCAGAUGUCGGCAGAGCGGGCGGUGCUGCAGUCGGAGCGGGCCGAGCUGGAGGGUGAAGUGAGCGCCCUGCGCGAGGAGCUGCUGCGCCUGGAGCAGGACAAGAUCACCACCGCUGCCGAGCGGCUGGCCCUGCAGGAGACUCUCACCUCCACUGAGCAGGAGCGCAGCAAGUUGGACGACCGUCUGUCGGAGCUGCUGACAGACCAGUCGGAGCUGGAGAGCCGGCUGUCGGCGCUGGAGCGGCAGCGCGCCGGCCUGCAGGAGGAGCUGGCGCGCGCGCGGCUCGACCACGAGCGGGCUGUCUCCGAGGCCAGCCGCGCCGCCCGCCAGAGGGAGACGCUGGCUCGCACCACCGGCGAGCUCGAGGCCCGCCACGCAGCCCUGCAAAAGGAGCACAGCAGCCUGCGAGAGGUGCUGGCCGCCAUGAGGGCUGAGAAGCAGCACUCAGAGAUGCAGCUGUACGAAACGCGCUGCGGUCUGGAGGCAGCCGACGUGGCGCGCCAGCAACUGGAGGAAGACAAUAAGCAGCUGACCAUCAAGCGGGAGGACCUGCAGCACCGGCUGGACGUCACGCGACGCGACAUGGACCAGGAAGUCGAGAAGCUGCGCGAUAGCUGCACCGACUUCAAGCGGCGCGUAGACGAGACGCGCCAGGAGCAGACGCGCGUCGUCGCCGACCUGAAGCAGGCCCACGAGGAGGAGGUCACUCGGCUGCAGCGCGAGCGGGAAGAGGCGGUGCAGCAGCUGGAGUCGCGACUGCAGAAGUCGGUGCAGAGCUUCACGUUGGAGCACGACGACCUGGUGACGCAGAAGGAGCAGCACAUCCAGAGCCUGUACCGCGAGCUGGACAAGGCGGCGCGCGACACAGAGGCGCAGCUGCUGGCGGCCGAGACGGCCAAACAGCAGGCGCUCACGCUGGCCCAGCACGAGCAGCAGGCGCUGCGCGAACGUCAGCAGCAGACACAGGAGGAGCUGGAGAAGGCACGCACCGAGCUGGAGCGGCUGCGCUCCGAGUCGGCUUCGCACGGCGAGAUCACGCGCACCAACAUUGGCGCCCUGCACACGGACGUCUCCAAGCUGAAGCAGCAGCUCGACGGCAAGGCUGCCUCGCACGAUAAGGAGAUUGCGUCGUUAUCGAGCCAGAUUCUGGAGGCGCAGCGGCAGCGCGACCUGUCAGACAGCGCGCACGGCCAGCUGAAGGUCAAGACCAAGGUCACCGAGGAGCACCGCGACCGGCUGGAGAGAGAACUGACUGAAAUCACUCGAGCCCUCAAGGACGCCGAAGCGAGGGCCGAGAGCGCCAGCCGCGCGCUAGCCGACACCAAGCGGGCGCUGCAGGAAGCUGAACAUGAACGGGCGACGCUAGAUGACAGCAACGGCGAACUGCGCGAAAAGGUCAAACGACUCGAGGGCGAGAAAGGGGAGGCCAAGCGCGCAAUGGAAGAAGCUGGUCACAGGAUCACCUUGCUGGACGCCGCCAAGGAGUCGGCCACCAAGGAGAGCCAGGAGCUGCGCGCCCAGCUGCGCGAGCUGGAGCGCUCCCGGAUGGAGGCGACUCGCGAGGGUCAGGAGCUGCGACGCCAGCUGCAGCAGGUGGAGGUGCAGAACCGCGACCGGCUGGCGCAGCUGACCGAACUGCAGCAGCGCCUCGUGCGCGAGGAGGAGAACAACGACACCAACAAACGCGACAUCCUCAACAUGAAGCAGCAGGCUCUGGAGCUGGAGACAACGCGGGAGAGCCUGCAGAAGGAGCUGGCGGACGCUGAGCGGCGCCUGGCCGACCUGCAGGACAAAUUCCGCUGGCGAGAACGCGACUUCAGCUCGGCCCUGGACGAAAGCAAAGCCUGCUGCAAGGCGCUGGAGGAGGACAAGAAGAACCUCGAGAUCCGUCUGAGCGCGGCCAGCCAGGACGCCAACGAUAUGAGGCUGAAGCUGGUGGCGGCCGAGGGUCGCGUAGAGGCAUUGGAGGCGCAGGUGGGCCGGCUGGACGCUACCCGCCGCCAGCUGGAGCGCAAGCUGGCCGACAUGUACACGUCCCUGCGGCGUGUCACGGGUCUGCGGCUGGACGGCGCCGGGGCGGCUGACGUGCCGUGGCGGCCGCCGGCGGGCAGCCCCAGCCGCCGCCGCGCCAAGGAAUACGACGGCGAUUGCGGUGCCUUGGCUGUCCUGAAGCACCUGUUGGCCGCCCUGGAGGAGCCUGCCUCUCUGUACGCCAUCCCCUGCACCUCACGUGUGGAGUUUGAGCCGCUGCUGAUGGCGGAGCGGGCCUCGUCGCUGGACCGGGGUCUGGACGAGGUGGAGGCUGCCGCGGCGGAACCGGCGCCUGGCGGCCGCCCGCAGGGGCGCGCCGUCGACGUCGAUCCGGAGUUUGUCCGCCAGGGUCUGCGGGACCUGAUGCAGCAGGUGGCGCGCAUCGAGAGGCAGAGGGACGAGGCGUUGACCCAGUGUCAGACGGCCGAGCGCGACCUGGAGGAGACGCGCGUCUCUCUGCAGGACAACCAGAAGCAUCUGGACAAGGCUCAGCGCGAGGUGGUCUCUGUCCGCGCUGAGAAACACUUCCUCGAGACGCAGAUCAGCAGCACGCAGUCCGAAGUCUCCAGCUAUGAGGAGACGAUCAAGAAGCAGUCGAGCGACGUACGGUCGCUGCAGGAGCGCACCGUUCGUCUGGAGACGAACAACUCCAGACUGCAAAUGGAGAAGGAGGUGCUCGAGGACAAGUUGACGGCGCUGCGCCGUCACGAGGCGCAGCAGGAGGAGGAGCGGCGCGUGCUGCGCCACGGCCUAGAGUCGCAGGAGACGCGUGCCACCCAGCUGGAAGCCACGCGCCGCGGCCUCCAGGGUGACCUGCAGCGCUUCCAGCAGCUAACGCGAGAGCGCGACGCACAGAUCGAGUCGCUGCAGUCGCGCCUGGAGGCGUGCCAGAAGUCACUGUCGGCGUCGGAGGAGCGCUGCGCCCAGCUGCGCCUCAGCGGCGAGCGGCUGCAGCAGCAGCUGACCAGCGCCGACGGCGGCCAGGCCGAGCUCAAGGACCAGGCGGCCCAGCUCACCCGACAGCUGACUGAGGCCAACGGGCAGCUGACGCAGCUGCAGGACCGGCUGCAGCAGGCCCAGCGUCAGCAACAGACCGCCCAGCAGGAGCGGGCAGUGACGGAGGAGCGGCUGACGGCCAUACAACAGAGCAACGCGGAACUGAAGCGACACAACGAGCAGCUGGUGGAGAGGAGCAGCGCCUCGCAGCGCGAGCUGACGCAGGAGCGGCUGUCCCGCUCGCAGCUGGAACUGGACAUGAAGAACACCAAACAGGCUCUGCAGCAAAAGUCGAGCCGUGAACAGGAGCUCCUGGACAAGGUGAAGAAGCUGGAGGCAGCCAAGGCUGAGCUGACCGAGAAGCUGACCACCCUUCAGCGCAACAUGGCUCAGCUUGCGGUGGAGCGGAACGACUUGGAGCGGAACCAGGUGCAGCUGGAGAAGGACCGCGCCGCGCUCAUGAAGACGCUCGACAAGGUGGAGCGGGAGCGGCUAGUGGCCGACGAGACGGCGGCCAAGACCAGUCUGCAGCGGUCGGCGCUGGACCGCACGCUCACCUCUGCAGAACAGGAGAACGCGGAGCUGCAGCGGCAAGUGCGCAGCUUGGAGCAGCAGCUGAGCGGCCUGGAACAGCAGCACCUGCAGCGACUGACGCAGAUCAAACAGGGCAGGGAACUGCCAUUUGACGUGGAUCAGAUGCGAACGCGCUACACCCAGCUGGAGAAGACCAUGGAGUCGAAGGAGCGCAGCUAUAAACAGCGCAUCGCCGGGCUGGAGCAGCAGAUCAAGACCCUGAAGGAGCAGCUGGCGCAGGAGAUCCGCAAGCGCCAGGAGUACAUGCUGCGCAGCUCGCGCGCCGGCGAGGAGAUCCGCGAGAUUCGCUCCACGCUGGACGACAGCCUGCGGGCCGUCGGCGGAAACGAAGAGCUGGACGCCGGCGCGCUGGACUUUGAGUCGCGCCGCCUGGACGCGCUGGUGGACCGGCACCGGCUGGCGGCCCGCGCCGGCCGCACUGUCCGCGCGCCGGUGGCCCGCUCUCCGGUCCGCUCACGCACCGUCAGUCCCAGGUCGCCUCGUUUCCGUGUGCCGACGUCGCCCGUCCGUCGGCUGCCGGGCGCGGCGCGGCGCAGCCUGGCCUUCCGCUGAUGGCCGCC